GGCCGAGGUGUGACCGCGUGAGAGACUGAGGGGUGAAUGGACUGGGCUUAUAUGGGCCGGUUUGUCAGUUCAGAGAGUGAGACUAGGAAAUGGGCUAGUAUAGGCUGGUGUAGGCCAAGUUCUCGUGUAGUACUACCAUCUCUUCUGGGCUUCUGGCUCGCUGUCUCGUACUGACCCGGCGGUCGGCGGCGGGGAGCUCGGACACCGUUGUGGCUUUGCGCGCAGGCGGUUCCGAAAGCGGGGAGCCAGGGAGGAGGAGAAGUCCAUGAAGAUCGUUGUGGUGUUGCGCGAGCCGACCGCGGCGGAGCAGCGCCGGAGGCCCCGAGCGAACUGGAGGGCGCAUCGGCGUUGGACGGGACGGCUGAGGCUUUCGGACGAGCCCUCCGGCUUUCGGAGAGAGAUCAAUUGUUUGGGAUUGUUUCGAUUUGGACCAAAUGGGUAUGAGUGGCCUGUCGACACUUCACUCUCACAGGAGGAUCCAGCAUUGAUGCCCCUUUCGAGCACGUGCUUCCUCCAACCGCACCGUGAAGAUUGAGCGCGAAUGCUACAGGAUGAGGAGGAGGUCGACCAAUGUUGGAGGCAGAGGUGUUGAAGACGAUAGACUACAGAGGCAAUAUUUUCUUGCCAAACGUCAGAUUUAUUCUGUGUCAUAGCCCGGACGUCAAACCGGGUAUGGAUUUUCAUGCAGAUGUUGAGUGGACAAAGUCGUUUAAUAAUAUCAUAGGUUGCACCUCCAUUCGGGGUGGUGAACAAUGAUGUGGGCAAACUGCCAAACCAUAAGUAUAUAUUUCCUAGGUUUGGAUUAGUACGAGUUGACUUUGGAAUAGGAACUUGAUGCCUGCUGGCAUUAGAAAUUCCAGUCACCUCCUAAGCAACUACCUAUCAUGAUGCGUACUACUGGAUGUAUGCUGCUAUGUACUAUACUGCUAUAUAUUGCUACUAGAACUCAGCGACAUUAAGGGAAUUCAGUUCUUGGUAUCUCCCCAACCAGCGAUAACAAGUUAAAGAGGAUCGUGGGAGCAAAAUGGCAUUAGCAAUUCCAGUUCAGUUCUUGAUUCUUGUGACAAUUGCAUGGCAACUGACAGUUCCCAUCCAUGGGCAGCUCGAUUCUCUAGGCUUCAUAAGCAUCGACUGCGGCAUCCCAGAGAACACUUCCUACAGCGACCAAUCAUCAUCCGGGCUACUAUAUGUCUCUGACUUUGGGUUCAUUGACACGGGGCUAAACAGCAAGGUCAACCCACCGUACAACAAGCGGGACAUGGCUGACCGCUAUAUCACCGUGCGGUGUUUCCCUGAUGGCACACGCAACUGCUACACUCUCCGGUCGCUUGUUCCGGCAGGCAAGUACCUUGUUCGAGCUACCUUCUACUACGGCAACUAUGACGGGCUGAACAUGCUCCCUGUCUUUGACCUCUACCUCGGUGUCAAUUACUGGACCACUGUGAACAUCACCUAUGCCGGUAGAGCAUAUGUGCUCGAAAUGGUGGCGGUGGCACCAGCAGAUUACAUUCAGGUGUGCCUGGUGAACACAGGAUUGGGUACACCAUUCAUCUCUGGGAUUGAUUUGAGGCCCCUGAAGACUAACCUGUACCCGGAAGCCACUGCUAACCAGUCGCUGGCUCUCCUCAACUUCUUCCGGCCAUCAGUCGCCAACUUUGGCUUCAACCGAUACCAGUUCUGGGGUUCUGUUGCUCCCAUAUACAGGUACCCCUAUGAUUCCUAUGACCGCAUUUGGCAAAGGUAUGAUAAUGCUCCUAGCUGGACCAAUGUGACAAUAUCCCAGACUGUCCAAACCUCCAAAAUUUCCAACUUCGACGUGCCGUCACUGAUAAUGCAAAGCGCUGCUACUCCGUUAAACGGCUCUCAGAUCGACUUUUCAUGGAGUUCAGAUCCAUCCGUCAAUGAUAGCAACAUGACUUACCUCCUGUUACUCUAUUUUGCGGAGUUGCAGCAACUACCAAGCAAUGUACUGAGGCAGUUUGAUAUCCUUGUUGAUAAUGAUGCCUGGAACGGCAGCCAGCAUUACACGCCAAAGUACUUGUCUGCAGAGGCUGCAUCUUGGACAGUUCAUGGGUCAGGUCAACAUAGUGUCUCACUUGUUGCCACACCGAAUGCCACUCUCCCACCAAUCCUGAAUGCGUUUGAGAUAUACUCUGUGCAGCAGUUGACGGGAUUCACAACAAAUAUUGGAGAUGCGAAGGCCAUGAUGAAAAUUCAGGUGAAGUUUGGUGUAAAGAGAAACUGGAUGGGUGAUCCUUGUGCUCCUAAAACAUUUUCCUGGGAUGGCUUGAACUGCAGUUAUUUUUCCUCUGGCCCCGCAUGGAUAACAGCUUUGAACUUGUCAUCCAGCGGAUUGACUGGUGCAAUCGAUGCAUCUUUUGGUGAUUUAGUAUCCCUUCAGCACUUGAACCUUUCUAAUAACAAUCUCUCCGGUCCAAUACCUGACUUUCUAGCACAAAUGAGAUCGCUCAAACUCCUGGACCUGUCAAGCAACAAGCUUAGCGGACUGGUCCCUGCAGUUUUGCUACAAAAGUCAGAAAAUGGAUCCUUAUCAUUAAGGUUUGGCAACAAUGAUAAUCUAUGUGAAAGUGGUGCUUCUACUUGUAAGCAGAACAAGAGCAGCAACAAAACUACAAUAAUAGUCAUCGCGACAGUUAUUCCAAUAGCAACAGCAACUCUAAUGUUCAUUGCAGCUUUUAUUAUCCUUCACCGAAUGAGAAACAAACAAGCUUCGCGGAUGGUGUACAACUCAAGGCCAAACAGCCCCCGAGAACAGUCGACUUUAUUUGUGAACAGGAAGUUCACAUAUAAGGAGCUGAAGCUUAUGACAGAAAAUUUCAGAGAAGAAAUAGGACGAGGAGGAUUUGGAACCGUCUUCCUCGGCCACCUGGAGGAUGGAACUACUCCUGUUGCUGUCAAGAUAUGCAUGCAGAAAACUUCGCAUGGUGACAAGGAAUUCACAGCUGAAGCUCAACACCUGGGGAGAGUUCAUCACAGGAACCUGGUCUCAUUGAUUGGCUAUUGCAAAGACAAGAAGCACCUUGGCCUCGUGUAUGAAUUCAUGCAUGGAGGUGACCUUGAAGACCGUCUAAGAGGUGUAUCAAGUAGCACUAGCUCAGUCACAAGCGAGGCCUUUGCUGUUGCUCCUCUUACUUGGCAUCAACGCCUCAAGAUCGCUCUGGAUUCUGCACAAGGAUUGGAGUAUCUGCACAAGUCAUGCCAACCUCCACUGAUCCACAGGGACGUGAAGACCAGGAACAUCCUCCUGACCGCAGAUCUUCAGGCGAAGAUCGCUGACUUUGGCCUGACGAAGGCGCUCACCGGCGGCGAGUUCGUCACCCAUGUGACCACCCAGCCAGCGGGCACCCUGGGGUACCUUGAUCCGGAGUAUUACAACACGUCCCGGCUCAGUGAGAAGAGCGACGUGUACAGUUUCGGCGUGGUGCUCCUGGAACUCUUGACCGGCCUGCCUGCGGCUGUCCCUAUCUCAGCGACCGAGAGCAUCCACGUCGCUCAGUGGACGCGCCAGAGGCUCGCCGAAGGGUGCGGAGUCGAGAACGUCGCCGAUCCGAGGAUGGGUGAGUCCUACGACAUCAACUCGGCCUGGAAGGUGGCGGAGCUGGCGCUGCGGUGCAAGGACCUGCCGUCACGGGAGCGGCCCGCGAUGUCUGACGUUGUGGCCGAGCUCAGGGAGUGCCUGCAGCUGGAGGCCUACCGUGUAGCUACGAGCAGCAGCAGCAGCAGUGGGUACCACAGCUCGGCCGCCUGUAGUAGCAGAGGCACUACCGUGGUGAGCAGUGUGAGCAUGGCGGGCGAUGAUCGCCGGUGGCAGCGGGGAACUGGCUCCAGCGCCGGUGACACUAACGAUAUGAGUGUGGUCGGUGCGGAGAAGCUCUUGCACGACGGUUCGCCCGCAACUCACGUUGGUCCUGCACCAAGAUGAGACCAACUCCGUUUCUCUCGCGUCGCUGAAAUUGUGUGAUUCCCUCCUUCGCCAUCGCAGCAGUGUCACUAAACACCUUCCCAGCAGUGUCACCGGCGUUGCAGCUCGAAGGAUUUUUUUUUCAUUAUUUUCAGAAGAAGGAAGUCUGGACGUUUGGAAAUGUGUGAUUCUAGCCCAGUCGAUGCUAAAUUUAUGGCUUGAAAGUUGUCAGCGUUCUUCUGUUUUCUGAGGACGCCUAAAAAGCAGUGUUGUUAGUGUUAAGGUUGAGAGCUUGUUGUGCCUAAGGUGAAAGCUUGGUGAACAUAGUUGAAAGUUUGAACUGUUAGAGUAGAAAGUAACAAAUUCUUUAGGAGCCAAAUGAACAGGAAAAGAUGGUGACUUCUAAGUUUAUUUUCCUUCUUUUA